AUGCGAAAGGCAAGUUCUUAUUUUAGGAAAUAUCUUAGUGAAAGUAUUUUCACGUCAGUUAAUGUAGGCCCAGUUACAUCAAGCACAAUUGCCCUAGACUGGACCCCUAUCCCCGAUACCAAUACUUAUCAGGUAGCUUACACUGGACCAGAUGGGCAAGUGCACCAGGCUCUGUCAACCACCCCUGACACCAUCCUUACUGGACUAAAUGCUGUAUCUCAAUAUGACAUCAUAGUGAGGGCUAUUACUAACAGUGGACAACUGAUAGAUGUUGGUACUACAACUGCCACUACAGGUAUUGAAACUUCAGUCACUGUGGGUGCUGUUACACCAAACACCGUAGAAAUCACCUGGACACCUGUCCCUGGUACCAAUAUCUAUCAGAUAAUAUACACUGGACCAGAUGGGCAGCAGCAACUGGGACAGGUUCUUCAUCCCACCACUGAUUUCACCCUUACUGGACUUACUCCUGCAUCUCAGUAUGACAUAGCUGUAAGGGCAUUUAACACUUAUACUGGACAACAGACAGAUAUUGGCACUGCCACUGCAACUACAGGUUUGGAUACGGUGGUAACAUUGGAUGCAGUUACAGAAAACACGGUUACACUUUCCUGGACGGCGAUAGAUGGUAGUACUUUCUACCAGGUUUUAUACAGGCCUACUGGCUCGACUCAACCUGAACAACAAAUAUUAGUUCCUAAUGGACCAAUAAACACCCAAACCACACUAACUGGACUGACAUCAGCUACAAUGUAUGAUGUUCGAGUUGUGGCUUUCCCGGAAGGUGGACCAUUGGAAGUUGGAAGCAUCACACCAACAACAGGUCCGUACACAAUUUAUCUUCAAUCACAACAUUCGGCCCUUUAUUUUUCUUUGAAAAUGUGA